GCGCCUCCUCUCUCACAGUUUCAUUCCAGGCGUUGCGUGCUGACGGAGCAGGUGAUUUUCACUGCUCGGAUCCUCAGCAUCUUCGCUGGGUGCUGAGACACGGAGCCGGGCGGGGUCGUUUUCAUGCAGCAGCAGCAUCAUCCCCUGUUGUCUCUGUUGCAAUGGAUUUCUAAACGCAUUUCGGACACAGAACUGCACCCGCAGUAGCUGAUAGAGUCAGACUUGAAGCAAAACGUCUCUGAUGAAAAGGGGCCAGUGUUUUUUUGCACCCUGUGUUUCUCCACGAUGGCUUGAUUGUAUCGUUUUAUUCUUUAUCUUGCAGGAUUUAUAAAAACCCCAAAAAACGAUAUCUGGCAGAAAGACUGUAGGCUGUAGUUUGUUUUGUGAACAGGGACUCUGACUGACGGCCUUUAAUACGCGGGCGUCGCAUUACAUUCUGCGCAGGCAGAUUCGGGUUUAAAACGGGGAUAGAAGAAGAGUGAAAAAAAAUAGAUAUUUGUGUGCUGUUUUCUUCGUCAUCAUGGCAUGGCCCUGCAUCACCAGGGCUUGCUGCGUUGCCCGCUUCUGGAACCAGCUGGACAAAGCUGACAUUGCAGUACCGUUGGUCUUCACCAAGUAUUCAGAUGUGACCGACGGGAGCCACCACCCCCCUCUGCAGUACCAACAAAAACAGCCUCGUCCCCAGACGCGAGCUAGCUCGGUUGCCAUAGAUACACAACCCACCCUCAGCGACCAGGAGUCAGUUGCUGUUAGCGAUGAAAACCCAGGGGAGUCUGUGAUGCGCCAGGAUUUCAAGGCUUGGAAGGUGCGCCCUGAGCAGAGCUGCAAGCCCAAGAGCGAGUACCACCCUUCGGAAACUCCCUUCAACAAUGAAACCCAGUACCAGAAGGAUUUCAAGGCAUGGCCUAUGCCAAAAAGGGGAGACCAUCCUUGGAUUGCUAAGCCUAGCCCUGCACCCUCUGUUGAUGCAGACCGUGCCCCUGCUGGAAAGCUAAAGGCACCUGCUGCGUAUGAGCCCGGGAUCGGGGGCGAGGCAGAACCUGAGAAGAGCGAGGUGGUUGAUAAAGUGCCAGAGAAGCAAUUGAUUGCUGCAGAGAAGAAGAGUGCCAAGAAAGCAAAGUUCACAGCGUCAGUGGAAGGGCAAGAGAAGAAGGAAGAGGGACAACCCCCAGCCGGGCUGCCAUCGUCAGAGGGCAAAGGCAGAGCGAUGGUGGAAGGGCAAGAGAAGAGAGAGAAGAAGGUAGCCACCAAGACAGAGGGACAGCCGCCAGCCGGCCUGCCCAGAGCGUCCGCGGAGGGGCAAGAGAAGAGAGAGAAGAAGGUAGCCACCAAGACAGAGGGACAGCCGCCAGCCGGCCUGCCCAGAGCGUCCGCGGAGGGGCAAGAGAAGAGAGAGAAGAAGGUAGCCACCAAGACAGAGGGACAGCCGCCAGCCGGCCUGCCCAGAGCGUCCGCGGAGGGGCAAGAGAAGAGAGAGAAGAAGGCAGCCACCAAGACAGAGGGACAGCCGCCAGCCGGCCUGCCGUCGUCAGAGGGCAAAGGCAGAGCAGCUGCAGAUGCCGUGAACAGGCAGAUCAAGGAAGAAGUGGCGUCUGGAAGCUCGUACAGGAAAUCCCAUCAAGGAGAACACGAACACCCCCCCUCUGUCUAUGGAAAUGAAUUCAAAGCCUAUUCGGAUGUCAAGCCAGCAAAGCCUUUCAAAGCCAAGUCUCAGUACGCACCUCCCGAGGAUAAAACCCCCCAUGAAACCAGUUACAGCGCCCAGUUCAAGGGGGAGCAGGGGAAGCGUCUGCCAGCAGAUAACAAAGUGACAGACCGCAGGAGGAUACGCAGCCUCUACAGUGAACUGUACAAAGAGUUUCCCAAGGUGGAGAAGCCUACCAUCCAGCGUUCCAAGCCAAAAAAGACAACGACCGCAACAACAACAACAACAACAAGCCAUAAACCUGUGAAAAGGGCCAAAGAAAAGCAGGACUCCACCUUGGGACGCAGCACCAAGAAGAAAGCUACAGAGAAAACCUCCAAAUCGAAGCCAGAGGAAGGGGAGAAGGAGAAAGAGAAGGAGAAAGGGAAAGAGAAAGAAAAGGAGAAAAGUAAAGAGACCAACAACAAACUGGCUGAGGCUAAAGAAGACCCUAAUGUCGACAUAUGCGGAACCAGCGGUCAGCCCAGCGGUCAGCCCAGCGGUCAGCCCAGCAGUGCUGCUGUUGGAGAAGGAGAGCCAGCGGCAGAGGGGGUACGAACAGGAGUCAGCGCUAAGGUUGUGUGCUUCUCCCCUGACGUGAAAUAAAUGAAAGGACUACCCCGAGAUAAAUUAAACAGACAGAGAAUUCCUGCCGUCGUGUCUGGCAGGAAAACAGUGAUCAGUUAGAAAGAGAAAACACAAUGUCAAUGUUGCUCAGUGGAAUUAGAUACUGUAUUAUCAUGGCUAGAAAUACACUGGUAUAGUUGUCCUUCUCCAAUGUAUGGAAAACAUGCAUGUCUUCAGCAUUUACCAAGGUGCUGAAAGCUCAGUGUACAUACAUACAUACAAACAUACAAAAAUGGUGCUAUAUUUAUUUUGCAGUAGCAAAAUACACGGUGUGUAAAAAAAUUGAAGGACCUGCGUGUGUUUGUUAUUCAGUAUAAUGCAAAAUUGUAAAGUACUGUAUUCUGUAGAUCAAUUGCUCCCCUUCAAAUAAAGUGCUUGUAAAUAA